UGGCUGGGGGCGGGGCCCAGGCUGCGGGGGCGGGCCUGGGCGGCUCGGGGGCGGGGCCCAGCCUGGGCGGCGCGAGGGCGGCCCGGGGCGGGGCGCGCAGGGGCCUUAAAACGCCGCCAGCCGCGGGUCCGCCAGCCGCGCUUCAGCUCCCGCCAUGGCCGAGGGCGCUCAGCUGCAGCUGUUCGUGAAGGCGAGCGAGGACGGCGAGAGCGUGGGGCACUGCCCCUCCUGCCAGAGGCUCUUCAUGCUCCUGCUGCUCAAGGGUGUGCCCUUCACCCUCACCACCGUGGACACCCGCAGGUCCCCAGACGUGCUCAAGGACUUCGCCCCUGGCUCCCAGCUGCCCAUCCUGCUCUACGAUGGCGAAGCCAAAACGGACACGCUGCAGAUCGAGGAGUUUCUGGAGGAGAUGCUGGGGCCCCCGGAAUUUCCUGGCCUGGCGCCCCGCUACCGCGAGUCCAGCACGGCGGGCAACGACAUCUUCCACAGGUUCUCCGCCUUCAUCAAGAACCCGGCGCCUUCACAGGACGAUGCCCUGUACCAGCAGCUGCUGCGCGCCCUGGCCAGGCUGGACCGGUACCUUCGCGCGCCCCUGGAGCACGAGCUGGAGCGCCAGCCACAGCUGCGCGAGUCGCGACGCCGCUUCCUGGACGGGGACCAGCUGACGCUGGCCGACUGCUGCCUGCUGCCCAAGCUGCACGUCGUGGACACCGUGUGUGCGCACUUCCGCCAGGCGCCCAUCCCUGCCGAGCUCCGCGGGGUCCGCCGCUACCUGGACAGCGCGCUGCAGGAGAAGGAGUUCAAAUACACGUGCCCGCACAGCGCCGAGAUCCUGGCCGCCUACAGGCCCGCCGUGCGCCCCCGCUAGUGCCCCCGCCCGCUCCUCUGCAGCCCCAUAAAGGCGUCUCUGCCCCAGCAAGCGUGUCCUGACAUCCGAGGGACCUUGCGGGUCCUGGCACACCCCCACCCUGCCCCGUCGUCGGUCGCCCAGCUCUGGACAGUCCCAAAGGUGGGGCAGAGAGCCCGUGGGCGGGGUGUGGUCGCACCGUUGGGGACCGUGGGACUGGAUUGGGCUCCCAAACCAGUCAGGCAGGGUGGGGCGGCAGGAUGGCCGACAAGGGUGGGGAGUUGGGCCCGGCGAGGCCACUUUAGGCCAGAGGGCAGGGUGCCCACAUUCCACAGCCCUGCAUCUCACACCUGCUGUGCUAGGUGCCAAGGGAGCUGGCACCCGCAGGGCAGGACAGGGCACGGGGGUCUGCAUAUGAA